AUGAUUAGGCGAAAAAAAUUAACCAUCUUCACAGAUGCCAAGGAUACUACUACUGUAUUAGAACUUAAGAAAAUGAUUGAAGGCAUUUUAAAAGUUCCACCACCUAGUCAGAUGUUGUUUAAUAAAGACAGUCAGUUGAUGGAAGAUGAAAAAACCCUAGCAGAAUAUGCCUUAACCUCAGUUACUGCUAGAGCACAAUGCCCCGCACCAAUUGGACUUGCUCUCAGGAAAGAAAAUGGUGAGUUUGAAGCUCUGGAUCUCACUCCCUAUUCUUCACCACCAGAUCUGCCCGAUGUCAUGAAGUCACAGGAAGCCAAUGGACAGGAACAGGUAAAAUAUUGGCACAGUUUCUGGGAAACAAUAUGCCCAGUGAUAAACUUAUGGGAACAAUAA